AUGAACGACGAAUCACAACUAGACGUCCCAACUCCGGCUCUAUCUACAGCAGCCAUGGCCGCUCCCGUCGCUGCCGUGAGUUUGAAAUUACCUCCAUAUUGGCCUAACGACCCCAUGGUUUGGUUCGCACAAGUAGAGGCUCAGUUCUUAACCCGUAGCAUUAUUUCACAGACAACAAAAUAUAAUUAUGUUAUAGCCUCACUGCAACCAGAAAUUGCUCAGGAAGUUCGCGACGUCUUUAUCAAUCCUCCAGUUAACCAGCCUUACGACCAGCUUAAAGCGGAGCUCAUAAGGCGCACAUCAGCUUCAGAACAAAGGCGUUUUCAUCAGUUGUUAAUUUCUGAAGAGCUUGGUGAUAAACGACCCUCACAGCUUCUUCGCAAGAUGCAACAACUACUAGGUGAUACCCGGUUGGAAGACAGGAUUUUCCAUCAGUUAUUCCUCCAACGUUUGCCAACGAAUGUUCGACAGGUCUUAGCUUCCUCACCAGACACCGUUUCAAUUGAAAAAUUAGCCACCAUUGCUGACCAAAUCUUUGAAGUUGCUACACCCUCAAUGCCAAUUGCUGCCAUUUCUUCAGCCAACCUUCCUCUCCGUCCAAUGAAAUAG